GGCUGCUCGGCUGGCUGAACGCCUGUAAACAAAUAACCGAGCCGUCAAUUGUUUAAUUAAUUAAUUUAAUUCACCCGACUUUUAACGCUCACAACUUUCUGCCGUACUGUAAGAUUUUCAACCCACUUUGUGCAGUUCUAAGACAGUGAUCAGUUGAAAAAGCAUUACCUAUAGUUUCAAAAUUCAAGUACCUAUCAGAGGAGGUUAACUUUUGGACCCCUAAUUUUUUUAUCUAAACCUUUAAGUACUGAAGUAGUUAUUCUUCCGAAAGCCAAGUGCGAUCGUUGUAGAGGUUUUAUUCUUUUAAGUAUGUUUCUGUCUCUCUUAUUACGUGUCGAGAAUCUCUGCACACAGGUAUCAUUAGAGUCUGCGAUGGACUCGUGACAAGUGUUGCCGACAGUUGAGCAGCGCUAGAAUGAUAUCAUUCGGUGAUUAAAUUUGUCCUGCGGAAUCAAUUUUUCACUUCAUUAUGGCGAGACCUUUAGCACCAAGCCAGCAGAAGCUGGCUGAGAAACUUAGCAUCAUCAAUGUGAGGGGAGUUGGAAUGCUCACCCGCAUUUAUAACAUCAAAAAGGCAUGCGGUGACGCCAAGUCCAAGCCUGGCUUCUUAUCAGACAAAAGCCUUGAACCCUCCAUAAAGUUUAUCGUGCGAAAAUUUCCCAACAUUGAUUUCAAAGGAUUGCAAUCAAUCAGUGGAAUCCGCACAGAGAUAAUAAAGUCUUUGUCCCUGUAUUACUACACGUUUGUUGAUCUUCUAGACUUCAAAGACAAUGUGUGCGAGCUGCUCACAACCAUGGAUGCCUGCGGAGUUCACUUAGAUAUUACGCUUAAUUUUGAGUUAACCAAAGCAUAUCUGGACCUCGUCACAACUUAUGUAUCACUGAUGAUUCUCUUGUCACGGGUUGAAGACAGGAAAGCUGUUUUGGGUCUCUUCAAUGCUGCUUACGAAAUGGUCAAUAGUCAAAGUGACCAGAGCUUUCCGCGGCUAGGCCAGUUAAUCAUGGAUUACGAUGCUCCAUUGAAAAAGCUAUCGGAGGAGUUUAUUCCGCACCAAAAACUCUUGAUAUCAGCGUUGAUGUCAUUAUGGCCUGUUUACGUAAACAGGAAUCUUUCAGCAGAUAAGUGGCGGUCGGACCAGAAAUUGAGCGUUAUUUCCAAUCCAGGUCAGAUCCUGAAACCGUUUCAAACGGAGAAUAUGACUUGUGAAUAUCUGUCUUUGGACACCAUGGAGAAAUGGAUUAUUUUUGGUUUUAUGCUGAACCAUCAAAUUCUAAACCAAGAGCAGCCAAAUAAACUGUGGGUGAGCGCCCUCGAGUCUAGCUGGGUCAUUAUGCUGUUUCGAGAUGAGGUUAUCUUCAUCCACAGUUACAUUCAAACAUUUUUCGACUCCAUCAAGGGCUACGGAAAGCGUGUCUCAGAACUCAAGGACUGUUAUAAUGUCGCAGUUCAAAAAGCAACCUACAAACACCGAGAACGACGGAAAUUCCUCCGGACGGCGCUUAAAGAGCUAGGGUUCAUCUUUUCAGAUCAGCCAGGACUUCUUGGACCCAAGUGUUUGUUGAUAUUUAUUGGUCUAUGCUACGCCCGAGAUGAGGUACUUUGGCUCCUACGACACAAUGACAAUCCUGCACCAACCAAAAGCAAAGGCAAAUCUACGGAAGAUCUUGUGGAUCGCCAAUUGCCUGAACUUCUCUUUCACAUGGAAGAACUACGGAUCCUCGUCCGUAAAUACAGUCAAGUGAUUCAGCGUUACUACGUGCAAUACCUAGCCGGUUUCGAUGCAAUUGCAUUGAAUCAGAUGAUGCCAAAUCUGACAGUUUGUCCUGAAGAUGAGAGCAUUAUCCUUUCGUCGAUUUGUAACACCAUUGCCAGUCUUUCAGUUAAGCAAGUUGAAGAAAAUGACCUGUUUGACCUGCGCCCACUGCGUUUGGAUUGGUUCCGGUUGCAAGCAUACACAAGUGUUGCCAAAGCCCCAUUGUCGCUGCCCGAGAGCAGAGAUCUUGCAUGCCUACUUGAUACAAUCAGCUUUCACACCAAAAUGGUCGACUAUCUUGAUGAAAUCAUGGUCGAAACUUCAGAUCUCUCAAUUUUCUGCUUUUACAGUAAGAUUUUCGAGGAUCAGUUUCACAUGUGUUUGGAGUUUCCAGCACAAAAUCGAUACAUUAUUGCAUUUCCUCUCAUAUGCAAUCACUUCCAAAGCUGUACUCACGAACUCUGUCCUGAGGAAAGACAUCAUAUCAGGGAGAGAAGUUUAGCGGUUGUCAACAUGUUCCUGGAUGAAAUGGCCAAAGAAGCGAAGAAUAUUAUUACAGCAAUUUGUGAUGAGCAGUGUUUAAUGAGUGACAAGUUGCUUCCAAAGCACUGCGCUGUGCUCAUAUCUCAAGCUGUCAACCGGAAAAAGAAAGAUAAAAACAAGAAAGGUGGAAAUGAAUUUGCCAAACCUGGUAUUGAAAGUUACAGAAAAACUAGGGAGGAACUAACAACAAUGGACAAACUACACAUGGCACUGACGGAGCUGUGCUUCGCCAUCAAUUACUGUUCAACAGUUAAUGUUUGGGAGUUUACUUUUGCGCCAAGAGAGUAUUUGUAUCAGCAUUUGGAAAACCGGUUCUCAAGGGCCCUCCAUGGUAUGGUCAUGUUCAAUCCGGACACCAGCGAAAUCGCAAAACCAUCCGAGCUUCUUGCCAGUGUUCGUUCAUACAUGAGCGUUUUGCAGACUGUUGAAAAUUAUGUUCACAUUGAUAUGGUACGGGUAUUUAACAAUGUUUUAUUACAUCAAACUCAGCCUACAGACAGUCAUGGUGAAAAAACUGUUGCAGCAUUAUACACCCAAUGGUACUCAGAAGUGCUUUUGCGACGCGUGAGUGCGGGUAACAUUUGUUUCUCGCUGAACCAACGCUCAUUUGUGAGUUUGACUGCAGAAGGUGCUAUUCCAUUCAAUGCCGAAGAGUUUUCUGAUAUCAAUGAACUGCGGGCACUUGCAGAGCUGAUAGGGCCGUAUGGGAUGAAAAUGCUCAAUGAAACCCUUAUGUGGCACAUUGCGAGUCAAGUUCAAGAAAUGAAGCAAUUGGUGGCAAACAACAAGGAGGUUCUAUUGUCCCUGCGUUCAAAUUUCGACAAACCUGAGAUCAUGAAAGAGCAGUUUAAAAAGCUGCAACAUGUUGUGUGCGUUCUGCAAAGGAUGACAAUCGUUGGUGUCAUACUUAGUUUCCGCCAGUUGGCACAAGAGGCACUCGUAGAUGUGCUAGAAGAGCGAAUUCCGUUUCUACUGAGCUCAAUUCUAGAUUUUCGCCAUCAUGCUCCACCAGUUGCAGAUGUCUCAGUGGUGAGCGAAAUGGCAUCAGCCGCAGGACUUUUGUGCAAAAUUGAUCCCACCUUAGCAACAGCACUGAGAAGUCAAAAGACUGCAAAUAGUGAAGAAGAAGAACAUACAUUAGCAUGUCUGCUCAGCGUAUUUGUGGCAGUGUCGAUUCCAAAGCUAGCUCGAAAUGAUAAUUCAUUCUACCGAGCAUCGCUGGAAGGUCACUCGAAUAAUAUCCACUGCAUUGCAGCAGCUGUCAACAAUAUCUUCGGCGCUCUUUUCACGAUUUGUGGUCAGGGUGACAUCGAAGAUAGAAUGAAAGAAUUCCUUGCGUUGGCAUCUUCCAGUCUACUUCGGUUGGGCCAAGAGGCAGACAAGGAAGCAACAAAGAAUAGAGAAUCAGUAUACCUUUUAUUAGACCAAAUUGUGCAAGAGUCACCUUUCCUGACAAUGGAUCUUCUGGAGUCAUGCUUUCCAUAUGCACUCAUUAGAAAUGCAUACCACGAUGUCUACAAGCAGGAACACAAUCAAGCAUAACUUCCAGUGAAAUGAACUAUUGAUUAACCAUAGCUCCAUAUUUAUUUCAAUGCUAGCUCAAUAUGUUUUUUAAACCACAUUUUAAGCCUAAUUUAUUGCUCUUUUUUACGUAUAAUUCUUAUGUUAAGCUCCCAUAAAGGAAUUGUUUUGUAAAUAAUGUAUUUUAUUAUCGUAGCUAUUUUAUUUAAAUCAAGUGGAAAUAAUUGUGUUCAACAUUCCGCAUUGAAGUAUUAAAUGUGCGUCACAUUUACAAUU